UAUUUAGAAGCAAAUACCCCUAUUCUAUUAAUAUGGAGCAGAUCAAGGACCCAACCAUUGACUUUUCAUCAUAGGAUCCAGUGAAAACCAAUUUGUUUCUACAUUUGCUGAAACUUCAAAGAUUAGAGGUUUAGAGAUGGCAGCUUAUGCAGCUCUGGUUACUCUUAUUAAUCUUAUGGAGGAUAUGCAGAAUCAUCCUCGCCUUUCCCCUUCUCUUGACAACAAACAGAUCAAAUCUCUUUCUAAAAAGGUCCAUUUCUUGCUUAAUUUUAUUGAGACAUACAAUUCCCAUGGAGGCAGCAAAGAAGCCCAAGAUUUGGAGAGAAGAAUCGUAUCUGCAGCUCAGGAGGCUGAAGAUGUGAUUGAAUCCCGCAUCGUGAAUCAAAUUCUUGGUGAUGAUGAUGGGGAAACAAGUCCCAGUUUCUUGCUGAAAAAAAUAAAAGAUGCGAGGAAAAAGGUAGUAGAGAAAAUACAAUACAAGUCCCGCCUAGAGAAAGUAUUGGAACAGAUGGACUGUAUCAAGAAAAAGAUGAUGAAGAUUGAAAUGAAAGAUGGAAUGCGAGAUGAACCAGUGCUUGCUACUUCAUCCAGACCUCGGCAGACAAGUAUGGUGGGAUUUGAGGAGGAGCUGAUUCAACUGAUGGAUGUGCUCACCUCACAGAAAUCCACUCGGCAGAUCAUCUCGAUCGUCGGCAUGGGCGGGGCUGGUAAGACAACACUAACCACAAAUGCAUUCAAGAAUUCACUUAUUGAGCAACACUUUGACAUUCGUGCUUGGGCUACCGUGUCUCAAGAAUAUAGUGCCAGAGACAUUCUUUCACAGCUUCUUUCUCAUCUAGGACAUUCGAGAGACGAAAAUGAUAGUGAAUUAGGAGAACAGCUGUACAAAAUGUUGUUAGGUAAAAGAUAUCUUAUUGUGUUAGAUGAUAUGUGGAGCAUCAAUGCUUGGGAUGAAAUAAGAUUUUCCUUACCAGAUAAUGGCACUAGAAGUCGAGUUGUUAUAACCACUAGGCUAUCAAACCUGGCUAGUCAUGUUGGCUCUUCCUCUUUUGUAUUGAAAACUUUAGACAAGGAUGAAAGCUGGAAGUUGUUCUGUGAAAAGGCAUUUGGAGAAGAUGAUUGCCCCCCGGAGCUACUCGAAAUUGGAAAGGAGAUUGUAGAACAAUGCCAAGGACUUCCGCUGUCAAUUGUUGUGAUUGGAGGGUAUCUUAGCAAAUCCUCUAGCUCAAAGGAACAAUGGCAGCACAUUGCUAAUGACAUUUACACUAUUUUAUGCUCCGGAAAGGACGACCAAUGCUUGACAAUUUUAUCUUUGAGUUAUAGUCACCUGCCCGUUUAUCUGAAGCCAUGUUUUCUUUAUAUGGGAACUUUUCCGGAAGAUGAGGAGAUCUCUGUUGGUGAGGUUAUCCGACUUUGGGUUGCUGAGGGAUUUCUGAAACCGAAUAGGGUCCAAACUUUGGAAGAGAUUGGGGAGAGUUACUUGAAGGAUCUCGUUGACAGGAAUCUCAUUCUAGUUCAUAGUUGGGGUGAUAAUGGGAAUAUACUACGUUUCAAAAUCCAUGAUCUUGUAAGAGAGCUAUGCUUGAAGGAGGCAGAGAAGGAGAAGUUUCUUUGCGUGUUGAAGCUGCUUGACAAUGAGACUCCAAGAUCCAUAAACAGAGAUCAACGCCGCCUUGUGAUUCACGGAGGGACUUUAGAUGAGGAGUUUUGUAAGAGCAGCCACUUUGAUGCUCUCAAGUCGGCACCAUUAGUCCGUUCUCUCAUAUGCGACGCACACGCACACAGCCUCCCUUUGGAGUUUAGAUUGUUGAAGAUACAAGCUGAGGUUAGUGAGUUUCCGAAUGCCUGUGAUGUAUACUAUCUAAAGGGCAGGUUCAGUCAACAACUUAAUUUGCGGUACCUUCAUCACAACAUUUAUUUCCGGGGUUCCCACCUCCUUUUUCCCUAUGUUAAUCUCCACUCAUCGAUAUCCCUUGUGUGGAAUUUGCAAACAUUGAUUCUUGGUGGCAACUUUCAGCAAAUGAUGGCACCACCUGAAAUUUGGGAGAUGCCACAGCUCAGGCAUCUAUUUGGUAAUCUGAUUCGUCUGCCUGAUCCACCUCGAAGCAACAGACAACGGCACGGCCUUGUUUUGCAAAAUCUACAGACACUUUUGAAAGUGGAGAAUUUCAUGUUGAGUGAUGAGGUCUGCAAAAGGAUUCCCAACAUGAAGAAUGUGCAUAUCAUGUAUGGCGUCUCAUUCACUGCCUCAGGCUUAGCAUGCUGUUCACAUAAUCUUGGCCGCCUCCGUAAGCUGGAAUCAUUGACAUGCGCUUUCGCUGAAGAACGUUACUUUGGCCCAGGCCUCACAUUCCCGGGUUCGCUACGGGAGCUGUGUUUAAUAAGGUGUGUUCUUGGUUGGGAAGAUUUGACAAUAGUUGGUUCGUUGCCAUUUCUUGUGGUUCUGAAACUGAGAUUUUCGAUUAAAGGGGAGGAGUGGAACCCUGUUGAGGGGGAAUUCAUUUGCUUGAAAUACUUGGAGAUUUGGUGUUGCGAUGAUUUAAUUAAGUGGAAUGCAGAGAGCUUCCACUUUCCAGUCUUGGAGAGUCUUGCAUUUAGGCGCUUAUCCAAGUUGGAAGAAAUUCCCAUGGGAGUUGGAGAAAUACCAACACUUGGAUACAUUCAAUUGGAGGAAUGCAGUGUGGCUUCAACCAUUUCUGCAAUGAGAAUAUUAGUAGAACAAGAGAGUCUUGGGAACUUAAAGUGCGGCUGUGGCAACAAGAGGAUCACCAGAGCUUCUGGGAAAUGAUGCAAGAAGAGGGUUUGAGCAGCAACAAUCUUCGUCUUAGUAACUACAUCUAUAUAUCACAUGUAGAUCAAAGGGAAUACUAACUUCUGUAGCAUUUCUCUCACCAAUUAAUGUAUAUCGAUCCACAAUCAUGAAUUGAAUUUAGAAGCCCUCAAUCAAUUUUGAGUUUUAAAA